AAAACAAAAUGGACACCGGGUUGCGGGAAAGAGAACACUUGCUAACUUUAAAAGUAAUGAGAUUGACCAGACCAUCGUUGUACACCAGUGUUCCCGUGACAAAUGAAACCCAAGAUUUACCAGAAAAUACUUUUGAGGAUGCACAGCUGUCUGAUAUAACCUCUGUCAAGGGCCUCAGUAAAUUUGCUUUGGGUGAAUUGUUUGUCUUGCCACAGACUUUUGGAAACAUAUUCCUAGGUGAAGUAUUUUCAAGUUAUGUCAGUGUUCAUAAUGAUAGUAACCAACCAGUGAAAGAUAUUGUGAUUAAGACUGAUCUACAGACGUCAUCUCAGAGACUGACCCUGUCAGGUACAGCUAACAUGCCAGUUGCUAAACUUGAUCCUGAGGAGAGCUUUGAUCAGGUUAUUCAACAUGAGGUCAAAGAACUAGGAACACACAUUCUUGUGUGUGCUGUGAGCUAUGCAUCCUUAACAGGCGAGAAAAUGUACUUCCGGAAGUUCUUUAAAUUCCAGGUUCUAAAACCUCUUGACGUUAAAACAAAGUUUUACAAUGCUAUGGAUGAUGAAGUAUUCCUUGAGGCUCAAGUGCAGAACAUAACAUCAAGUCCAAUGGUUAUGGAGUCAGUCAAGUUAGAGCCAUCAUCUACAUACACUGUCAAAGAUCUUAAUGUCAUCCCGGUUGAACAGAAAAUUGGAGAGGAGACUGGUACAAAAAGUAUAUUUGGUCAGGGGUCAUACAUGAACCCCAACGACACCAGACAGUAUCUGUACAGGCUGACUCCAGUAGCACCCACGGACAAGAAUAUCAAGGUGGCUAAUGUUGUUGGGAAAUUGGAUAUUGUUUGGAGAACAGCUUUUGGAGAAAGAGGAAGACUUCAAACUAGUCAACUGCAGAGAGUGUCUCCUCCAGUGUUAGAUAUCAAAAUGAGUGUUGUCCAAAUCCCAGAUGCAGUAUUAGUGGAGAAAAGGUUUCCAUUGAAACUUAAAUUAAGAAACACAUGUGAUAGAAAGAUGGACCUGAAACUGUUCAUGACAAAAAGUAAAGAUGGUGGACUGAUGUGGUGUGGUACAUCUGGCAAGAGUUUAGGUCUUCUUCUUCCUGGAAAUUCAGUGGAGUUACAACUUAACCUGCUUCCACUUGCUGCUGGAAUGCAAAGUGUUGGAGGCUUGCAAAUUGUAGACUGCCUUUCUUCACGGACGUACGAGUUGGACAACUUGUCACAAGUGUUUGUUUAUUCAUCAGAAAUAUCACCAUUCCUUCAUCAACACUAAUGAGCUGAUGACAAGUAGUCACCUACAAACAGAUACCCCCAUCUGGAACAACAUCCAAUAACACUGAUCUUUAGUGCGACUGAUAUGAUAUUUCUAAGAAUGAGGAAAAUAAACUGUCUUCGAUGUUGGUUUUUACAUUUACAUGUAGAAACUAGACACGAGUCAGAAAGAGUAAAUGUCAGGGUAUUGGGUAAGAAGUUUCCAAUCAAUAUCUUGUAAUCGAUAGUUGUGGAAGCUUCUCACGGAAAGGUUAUGUUCCAAAAGCAUACAUUGAACACAUUGUUCCAAACCAGAAUAAUUAAAUAAUUUAUUACCACAAAACCAUCCUACAGACUCUCUUCAGGGAAGAGUGCUUGAUAAAACAACGUAGUUAGCAACCUUUUUCCUCCCAAAAAAUACCCCAGAAGAUUUGGAAGUUAUUAAGGGUGCAUUUCCUUUGUUACAUACUGGUAAUGUUAUGCAAGUAGCUUUAGAGUCGUUAGUAAAUAACAAGUAAAAACAAUUAUGCUGUGAUGAUCCAGGUCAAAUAAUAAAAGAUGCUUGGAUCAUAGUACAUCAGAGAAACCAAUGAAUCCACUCUGGAAAAGGACAGGAAUCUUGGAUCAAAGGAAAGCACCCUGUUCUGUUCAAGUCUUACGACAGUAAAUUAAAAUAGUGUUACCUUACCUAUGAAUGAAAACCAACCGUUACCUUAACUGGAGGCUAACUAGAGUAAAGAAGCUAAUCAACUGUCUAAACCUCAGACGCCAAAUGUUUGGAAGGUAGAGAGACAAAGAAAGCUAAAAGUCUUUUGGUACUGAAACAAAAUGAAAUAUAAUUUACCAGUAUGUACUAGCAUAAAACUAUUUACAGCAAACAAAUACCUUUUGAACUGAAAGGAUUAAUUGUCUGGAUAACAGGGUAAUUUUAUGUUCACUGUCAUUCAGUUUUUCUUUCAAAAUCCUGUUCUUGUAAAGAACACUAGUUUUGGGACCUUAGUCAUUUAGUUCCUUGUCGUUGUACUCAAAAGACACUCUCUUCAUAAAGAAUUAUACAAUCUAUUGGAUAUUUAUAGGUAUUGCUUAGGUAUUGCUUAUGUAUUGCUUAUCUUUGUCUGUCUUCAAAUGUCAAGCCCUACUUUUCAUAAUGUAGUUACUGCUAAUCAACCUUUUCCUGUACAAUUUAGCUUUGACUAGCAGCACCUAGUAUCUUACACAAAAAGCAUACUUUUGUUCUCAUAACCAGUCCUGUACUGUUAAUUACAAACAUAACAUUGUUAUCAACUGCAAACCAAGUAAUGCCUUUUUACAUGUAUGUUCUUCACUGUUCUUUAUAGAAUAAAAUCCAGUUGAUGUAUGAUGGAA